GGCAUGUGAAUUGUGGCACUCAUGCUUACCACCUUCCUCCUUGGAUUCUCAAAGGGGCUUGGCAAGCCAUAGCAAAGGCCGAAACAGCAAGAUAAAGAAGAAAUAUUGCAAGAUCUGGGAGACAUCUGAGGCUUCGCAGGGACUUUCCAACAUUCCAGACUGCUCUCUCCGACGAAGCUCUGAGUCACUGGUCUCUGGACCUGAAGCCCUGGCAGCCAUGUGGAGCCCAGGACGGCCAACCUUGCUAACUGCCCUUCGCUCUACGCAGGAGCCCGGAAUGAGCCUGGCCUGAGAUCCGAGCAAGCGCUGCAGGAAGCUUUUCGCUGUUCAUGGAAGGGAGAAAGGACAAGGUUUCCAGUCAGGUGCAGCAAACUUUCCACCACUCCAAAGAACCUACCUUCCUGAUCGAUCAGGCCCUCGCGCCUAGCGCCUCCCCGUCGACCCUCCCGCGUGGCAAUGUCGCCGGACACAAAGGCGGUCAGAAAAGCAGGCCCGGAACAGUGAUACUGUCAGAAGGGUCCAGUCGCGUCACGUCGGAGGGCCAGCCCAGGCCCCCCGUGAUCCCGUCUCGCAGGCCGGGGUUCCGGAUAUGCUACAUCUGCGGCCGCGAGUUCGGGUCCCGGUCCCUCGCCAUUCACGAGCCCCAGUGCCUGGAGAAGUGGCGCGUGCGCAACAGCCACCUGCCCCGGCGCCUGCGGAGGCCCGAGCCUUCCCGGCCUCCGCCGCUAGGGGGCGCCGGCGGCCCCGCGCGCCAGGCAGCCAAUGAGACGGCGCCUCGGAGCGCGCAGGCGCAGGCGCGGCCCCGGGACUCCCGCGGGCGCGCGUUCGCGCCCCGGAGCGGCUGCGGGCCCGAGGCUGACGACGCUCCCCCGGCGCCGAGCGCGGCCAGCGGGCUCAAGAAAGCUGUCCGGGGCAUCCCAGCUCGGCCAAGGACUCUGGUCUGCUGUUUGUGUGCUGGAGAAUUUGACGCCCUGUCCCUUCCUGUGCACGAGCUCGAAUGUCUGGAGAAGUGGAGAGUCGAGGCCGAACAGCUCCCCGGGGAGCUCCGACGGCCGCUUCCACGGAGACCACAGCCCCUCCCGGCUGGACGGCUGGGCCCAGAAGGGGCGAGGCAAGCUCCGUGUGUGCCUUGCCCAAAUUGUAGCAGGCACUGUGCCCCUGAUGGCCUUUUGCUUCUCCAGAGAAAUUGUGAGGCUCCCAAUCCGAAUUUAGGAAGGAAAGGCGGCCUACACCCAUCCACCGACCCCAAGCUGCAAAGGGACAGGGCAGCCCCUGGUGUCGCGGAUACGGCGACUCCUGCCAAGGUGUAAUAGGUGGACUGGGGGGUCCAAUAUCGCUGCAGGGGAGUGAGAUCGGGUCCCAGAACCAGCUCGGCCCCGAGCUGCUUUCUUUCAACGCCUUACUUCUGCUAAUCCCAGUCUUGCUUGGCCAACUGGAUCUGACAACAUUCUUGUCUUGAGGGUUCUUAUUCCUCUUCAAUCCUGCUGCCUAAAAGACAUGUACUUCGUUUUUUGCCCCCUGAUCUCUCACACCCUGGGAGAGACUGUUACUCUAAAAUGAAUCAUUAGUGCUGUGUCUAUGUUACAGACAUAUAAUUCUCAUUCCAACAGCCAAUAUUUAUUGCUGGUUUAUUUUAGUCAUCUACCUUAGGAAUUCAUUUUUGGCAAUGCUGGCCUCGGCUGAGUUUAUCCUACUAAAAUAGAAUCUAUGUCAAAAACCCCAAAUGACUUUAGCAAUAAUUAAACACUGGAACAGAAAAUACACACGCUGUGCACACAGCAUACUUUCAUUUAACAUGCAUGAUUACAAGUGGAGGAUUAACCCCUGUAUGGGAGCUGAAGCAACUAGAUGUGCAGGAACGCUCUGGGGAAGUGUUCAACCUACUGCUUGUCCGCACUCUUUAUGGGGAUAUCCAUUCAUGGGGCCAUUCCCCCCCAGUUCAGUCAUUUUAAACAAGCAUGAACUCAGCUGUCACCAGUUUCUCAGGGUAAAGAGUUAUUGGGCUUUUUACUCAAGGUCUCACUGUCAGCCAGGAUUGGGCACAUGCUCAUUGCCCUGCUGCCGUUAAAUUAAGACACCAUCCUGCUGCACCCUACAGAAUGCUAGCUUGUGAGAAUGAGGAGGUGGUUUUUACCCUAAGCCUUGCUCCUUGGAUUCUCAGCCUGCUGGAAUCCCCCGAACCACAGCCUCUUGGAAGCAGAAGGUCUCAUA